CCCUGCAGGUCUGUCCUCGAGCUCUGGACCAUGGCAUGGACGUUCUCCCUCUUACUGUUCUUGGCGGCAGUGCUGCAAGGCUGUUUGGCUUUCAACAUGGAGUCUGUGGCUUGGAAGUACCUUAGCAGGCCGGCCGCUGGGUUUGGAUACCAGGUGGUGAUUAGAGACAGCAGCAGCCUGCUCACCAGCGCCCCAUUAGAGCAGGAUGGAGACAGGAGAGGAAAGGUUUACAGGUGUUCGAUCAACUCCUGUUCUGAGAUAUCUAUACCAGUGCCCAGUCACGCAGUCAACAUGUCUCUGGGUUUGACAAUGACAAAGAAUCCAACAUCCCAAACCACCAUGGUAUGUGGCCCAACCAUCCCUCGAGAGUGUGAUGCCAUCACCACCUACAACGGCUUGUGUUUGGAGAUAAAUGGAAGAGACUCCCCUGGUCCUCCUCUCCCUGCCUCCCUAGAGGAAUGCCCUGGGAAGACCGACAUCGCUUUCCUUUUGGACGGUUCAGCUAGCGUCAACACCAUAGACUUUGCUAAAAUGAAGGUUUUUGUCAAAGAUCUGAUCCGUACACUAGUUGGGAAGGAUACCAAGUUUGCUGUGGCCCAGUACUCAUUUACUUGCACCAUUCAUUUUAAUUUUCGAAAUUUUCUACCUCAAAUUUGGGAAAGACAGAUUGAUAUGAUAAAUCAAAAGGGUGGAGGUACCAAUACUGCUUCUGCAAUCCAGAAAGUUGUUGAUGAGGUAUUUUCAGUUAGUGGGGGGUCGAGUGAUGGAGCGUCGAAGAUCCUGAUCGUGAUCACAGAUGGAGAGUCUCAGGAUGGAGGCAACCUCCCGUCAGCUACUUAUGCAGCUAACAUCAAAUCUAUUGUUCGAUUUGCUAUUGGGGUGGGCUCUGCCUUUAACAAACAAAGCGCCAAAGACGAGUUGGACACAAUCGCCUCACUUCCUUCUCAGACACAUGUGUUCCAAGUGAGCAGCUUUGAAGCGCUUAACCAAAUCAGCAGAACUUUGCAGAACAGCAUCUUCAAUAUCGAGGGCUCGCAGGCUGCAGGAGCGUCACUGGAGAUGGAGAUGGCACAAGAAGGAUUCAGUGCUGCGUACAUUCCUGAGGGAGGAUAUCAUAUAGGAACUGUUGGAGCCUUCCAGUGGAAAGGAGGAUACCAGUCCUACGUGAAAAUAGACCAUCAGCCCACCUUCCAGAACAUGAAGGGAGAGUCUGAUAGCUACCUGGGUUACUCCAUGAGCACUGCGAGGACGAGGUUUGGCACGUUCACGGUGGUGGGUGCUCCCAGAGCGGCUCACAGGGGCCAGGUGAUGGUCGUGUCCCCGGGGAGAACCGACCAGACUCUACAGUUUACAGGACAGAUUGGGGCGUACUUUGGGGCGGUGGUUUGUGCGAUGGACGUGGAUGGUGAUUCCUACUCUGACCUGGUGCUGGUGUCGUCUCCCAUGUACACACAGAGAGACAGAGAGGGAAUGAUAUUCAUCUGUACCCUUACUGAGAAGAAAGGAGUGUCCUUUCCUGGAGGACGUGAGAACAUGUUGCAGGGGGAGGCAGGAGAGAGGAGCAGGUUUGGCAUGUCGCUCGCCCCUCUGCCGGACCUCAAUAACGACGGGUUCAACGACCUGGCGGUGGGAGCUCCUCUGGAGGAUGACGGCCAGGGGAGCGUCUACAUCUUCCACGGGCAGAGAGGCGGCAUCAACAACCUCUACUCCCAGAGAAUCGCAGGGUCUGAGGUGCAUUCUGGGAUGAAGUUCUUUGGCCUGUCCAUCAGCCAGUCGUCUCUGGACCUCAGUGGAGACACUCUCCCGGACAUGGCCGUGGGCUCCAAGGGGGCCGUCAUCUUACUCAGGUCCAAACCCAUAGUGACCGUGAAUGUUGAAGUGUCUUUUAACCCGACCAGAAUCUCCACCAACCACUCAGACUGUGUGACCCCUCUUCCUCACACCGCGACAGUCUGCUUCACCAUGACCCCGCACACUCAAGGACAAACAGCUCGAGCGCAGGUUAAUUACACGUUGACACUGGACGCAAGACGCAAAGCGCCCAACUUCCGUGCUUACUUUCAGCUCAAACAACGACAGGACACAAACAUGGUCAUCCUGGACCUGAAGGAGACUUGCAACAAACACAACUUCUUCGUUGAGGCUUGCCCGGAGGACUCUCUCAACUUAGUCCACAAUGAAGUUUCGUUCAGUUUCGAAGGCUUGCCUUCCUCAGACUCUCUCUCUCCCAGCCUGCUCCAGGGCUCCACCACCACCUCCAAUCACCCGCUGGACUUUGAGAUCAACUGUGGAUCUGAUAACAACUGUAUCGACAACCUCAAAGUGGAUUUUAAUUUUACUGGUUCCUCUGAGCUGAGGGUAGGAAUCGACGACGUGCUGAGUCUGACCGUGUCGAUGGAGAGCAGGGAGGAGAACUCCUAUAACAGCCGGGUGGUCCUUCGCUACCCUGCCGGCCUCUCCUACAGACACUUCACCCCCGUCCAGGGGAGAGUGGAAUGCAACUCGUUAGAUAGUGAAUCUGAAGGAACGACAGGAAGAAGCGAAUGCACCAUCAACAAGCCCAUCUUCAAGACCAACAGCAAGGCUGUCUUCACCAUCUCCUAUGGAAUAGAUAGAAACAGUCAGUUUGACCCCAGGGUGAACUUCAGUGCCAAUGCCACAAGUGGAAACGUUCAUGCCGCAGGGAGUGACCUGUUCAUACACAGAGACAUCAGGGUGCAGUACAGCAUUUAUGUGUUGCUUUCCAGAGUUGAGGAUUCUACCAGCUACAUAAACUUCACUGCUGAGAAAAACGAUUUGCAGAAACCUGUGUUGCAGUCAUUCCAGGUUUUAAACUUUGCCAGAGAUUUCAACCUCACCGUGAUAAUCAAGGUGCCCAUGCAGCUUGGUGAGACAGACAUCUGGGUUGACUCCAGAGGGAUGCAGAUUCCAGGAUGCAAAAGAGGAAAAGAUGAGGAACCAACUGUCAGAGACUUUGUGGACAAGUUGAAGAGAAAAUCCCCUCUGGACUGUGCGGUGGCCAGGUGUGGCGUGUUCACCUGCAGCGUGUUCGUGAGAAGAGACGACUCCCUUGUCUACAGCAUCUCUGGAAACAUCAGUUCAGGAUGGAUACAACAGAUUGGCCUGAUGUCCGGCCAGUUCUCUCUGACCAGCACGGCCACCCUGGACUACGACAGAGACCAGUACAUCUACGACUCCCAGGACUCCAAGAACAACCCUCCCAUCCAGAAGGUAGAAACGUACGUGGAGGUGUUUCCUGAGGUGGACCUGACUAAGGAGAUCGUGGGCGGCUCCCUGGGUGGGCUGGUGCUGCUGGCGUUGAUCUCGGCUGCUCUUUAUAAGGCUGGGUUUUUUAAGAGUCAGUACAAGCAGAUGUUGGAGAACUCGGGUGAUCCUGAGGGAGCGGACCCUGAAUAUGAGAACACCGUGCUGGAGGAGAACAACUAGUGGAGCUAGAGCAAAUCAAUAUAUAAACACUAUGGAGCAAUCAUUAGACACAACACAAAAAUUUGAAAACACAGCAUCCAGGGCAUGUACUUACAUGUAAAGACAAAUUUGUUUAUGUAUACACGGUAAAUUCAUUUACGUAGCAAUAAAAAAAAGUUAAAUUUUGGAUUAGGAAAAACUGGAUUUUGGUCUUUCAACACCUAUUGACACUUCUCUGCUGUAUGAUUAUGUUUAGCUGUGUUCUGCUCCUCUCUUUCACCAACCUUCUCUGGAGGAGGGGAUCCCUCACUCCGUCUCUGGAGGAGGGGAUCCCUCACUGAAUUGCUCCUCCCAAGGUGUCUUCCAUUUUUUCUCUUCUAGUGAGUUUUUCUGGGAGUUUUUCCUUGUCUUCCUUGAGGGUUGAGGUUGGCUGAGGGGCAGUUCUAUGGGCGUAUGUGAAGCCCUCUGUGACAUUGCUUGUAAAAAGGGCUAUACAAAGACUGUACAUUUGAACAUAUUACAUGGGUGCAGAAGUGAAGCGGCUCAGGUUGGGCUGAACUCUCUGUCCAGACUCCCUCAUACUGAAUCCAUGGUUGAGCAGGUCGAAGGGGAGGUUCUAGACCAUUUCAUUAGGGGGGCCAAACUGGGGCCAGUUUUACUGUUAAAGGGGCCAGUUGUACUGUUAAAGGGGCCAGUUACAUUAAACAUUAUUGUUUUCAUAUAGUUUUCUUCACUGCACUGCAGGCAUUAGCAGGCAAAUUAGUUUCAGGUUUCGGUGAUUGCGUUUAAAAUGUAAAUUUUAGUGUGUUCUUAAACACCAUGGGAAAAACUGCAAGCCUAACUGUUGUCUUUUAGACAAGCUUGUGGCACAUUAUUGUAUUCUGUAUUAUGACCACUAGGUGGCGACAUGGGCCGUUAAAAAAGAUGCAGAGGAAGUAAUUGGCUAUAUGCACUCAACAGUUAUUGGGUGUGCUUUGCCUUCGGC